GGGCUGCUGGCGCUGUCGGGGAUGUUCAGCGGGCUCAACCUGGGCCUCAUGGCGCUGGAUCCCAUGGAGCUGCGCAUCGUGCAGAACUGCGGCACCGAGAAGGAGAAGCGCUACGCCCGCAGGAUCGAGCCCAUCCGCCGGAAGGGGAACUAUUUGCUCUGUUCGCUGCUGCUGGGGAACGUGUUGGUUAACACCACCCUCACCAUCCUGCUGGAUGACCUCAUCGCCAUCGUGGUCACCAAGUUCUUCAUGCUGCUGACGUUCCCCCUCUCCUACCCCAUCAGCAAGCUCCUCGACUGCGUCCUGGGCCAGGAGAUCGGCACCGUCUACAACCGGGAGAAGCUGGUGGAGAUGUUGAAGGUGACGGAACCCUACAACGACCUGGUGAGGGAAGAGCUCAACAUGAUCCAGGGGGCCCUGGAGCUCCGCACCAAGACGGUGGAGGACGUGAUGACUCCGCUGCACAACUGCUUCAUGAUCAACAGCGACGCCAUCCUGGACUUCAACACCAUGUCGGAGAUCAUGGAGAGCGGCUACACCCGCAUCCCCGUCUACGAAGAAAAAAUGGACAUCCUCUACGUCAAGGACCUGGCUUUCGUCGACCCCGAUGAUUGCACCCCCCUCAAAACCAUCACCAAAUUCUACAACCACCCCGUCCAUGUCGUCUUCCAUGACACCAAGCUGGAUGCCAUGCUGGAGGAGUUCAAAAAGG